ACGCAUGUGCUUUUUUAUCGUCGAUUCUGCUUAUUUUUUCGUUGUUUGUUGUUGCGCUCACUCGCUCGCUCCUUCGUUCGCGGCCCUGUGACUGCUACUACUGCUGCUGCUGCUCCUCUUCGUGUUAGCGUUACACAGGCAUUUGACGGCGACGGCUACUGCGAUAGAUACCAGCCAGCAUCGUUUGAUGUGUGCUUUUCCGUUGUUCGCGGGGACGGUGGGGACAUGCACGUGCAAUGCCGUGGGACGUUAGAGAGAGAACGAGACUCACACACGCAGAUGUCACCGUUGGAGUUGGGGGAGUGAAAGAGCUAGAAUGAUCCUCCCCUCCCGUAUACACCACCAUGAGAUAACCAGGACCACCAACCCCGAAAACUGACGAUUGACUCGGCCGGGUGGACACCUUUUUUUUGGCGGAACCUAACGAAGAAAAAAAAAGGUGCAAAAAUCAACUUUGCUCACCUCUUCGUGCCGCCACGGCGCCCCAACAGCGGACAAUUCCUGGCUGCUAUCUAUUUGAUUUUUAUAACUUUAUUAAUUAGUGUUGUUCGAGUCGAACGAUGAUAGAUUGACAACACAGCGCUGCUCUCGGCUCCCCAAGAAGCUUGCCUGCAGCGACCAGGCCACGCCAGCGAUCGCGCUACAGUAUAGUUCUGCUCCGUGCUGCGAUAGUUGAUGCCGGUAUCCGGUUCGUGAUAGCGUGCUCCCCAUCAGAGUGUAGUGUUUGCCGGUCGUCGUGACCGUUGUGUGCGGAAGUUAUCCUGCUGCUCGGACGGUACACCAUCCUUGUUUUUGGCGUUGGAAUGAAUUCACCUCGCGGAACGGUCGUUGCGUAGCUGAUGAACUCUUGCUCCUGUCUGUCUGUCUGUCUGCAGUCGUGGCUCCUGUUGCUUACUUUGGGGAGGGUGGUUGCGCGUUAAUGAGAAACUACUCCACCCACCUUCUACGCUAUCACCACCGACUGGCUAACUGACCGACGACGACGACGACGGAAAUCCAGAACGGUCAGCGUGAAUCAACCUGACCCGGCGGUUCGCGACGGGAAACGCGCGUGUGUGUAUGAUACAAUCCAUCCCCCGGUAGUGAUACAGCCGGAUGAAUUGGCGAUACUAUUCAUAGGUGACCAACAAUCAAUUAGCCAGUCAAGGAAGUGUUUGGUGAUGUGUUAAAGAGAUUCGGAGUUUUUUUUGUGCUUCGGCGAAGAAAGGAAAUUUGAUUUUGCCUGACAAGUUGUGACAGUGGGAUCGAUAGAAGAUUGUGUUGUUUAUAAUGUGAUUGCGACAAUGAUGCAAUAAUAACAUAAGAAAAAAAACAAAUGGAAAAGAAAACGUUGUUCCCAGUUUGCAUUGGAAAAUAACGAGUGCUUGAAAACGAAGGAAAUAAAACUGCGACUACGACGAGUGGUGAAUUGCCGUCGGCAUUGUGUGGAAAUUGUUCGCGCCUGCUUGGAUAUGUGUGUUGCUUGCUGUUUUCAAAUUGUAACAAACUCAAAUAAAUCCGGAUAUUUGCAAUGAAUUACGUGAUGUUUGCAAAUCAUCCCCUAGUUGAAUAACUCUCUCGAUUUCUCGAACCCGGUUCGCGCAAACAAUUACUAAAUGCUUGCCUAACCUGACCAAACGAACCGGACCGGCGACCCAACCCCACCCAAACAUCAGCAACCCAGUUGAUUAUGCCGCUUUUGGUCGCCCAGGGGAGUGCGCACGGAGUGGUAUUAGACCACCAGUUCAAUCAGUACUUUUAUCAGCAACCGUAUCAACAGCAGCCGUCAAAGUCCAGAAAGCCGCCAACGUCAGGCCGCGUCCAAUUUACCAAAAUAGAAUCACUACCAGCGGCACCGACUAAGCCGCCGGGAGGAGCAGCAUCAAUUUCACCCAUCGUCAUCGUGGAUCAGCAGGCGCUGGAUUUCACCAUGUCCAAAUUCAAAGCCAACUCCGCUGUCCGGCAUCCGCUGUAUCGGCAAUUUUACGCCAGUGGCGGGGGCGGCGACGGAGGUGGCACCGCCGCUGCAGCAGAUGAAUCACCGCCCUAUGAAAAACCGGAGGAACAAGAUAACAGCGAUAGUGAAAUUCGAGAUAAAACUUACGGCAAAAUAUGGUUAAGCAACGAGGCACAAUGGCACCAUCCAGUAACGCUGCCUCCCGGGCAGCCAACCCAGUCACUCUUUCCGCCCAAUAUGAUACCAGGUGGGAUGAGCAUGCAACCAAUGAAUCCAUCGCCGGCUACUUCGAUCUCACAGCAUGCAAUUCCCAACAGCCUGCUAUCCAUCCGAGAGAUGAUGCUCCAGAAUCCUAGCCUCGGAUUGCUAAAUGAAAGUAAUUUGUUACUGAAGAGAAGCAUGCUGGAAAGCAUGCCAGCAUAUUCCCUUGGCCCGAGCCCGUUGGGAAUGCCUUUGACCACUAGUCCCCAAAUCGCCACUUCCCCAUCGUCCACAAUGACUGCCUUUAGCCCGCUGAUGCAUUCGAUCAAAACGGAGAAGGACGAACUUGACUGCGAAAUGAAGCUGCACGAACGAAGCUCAAGACAAAAUCAAACCACACGAUCACCACCACCUCAUUUCACACAUCACCCAGCCCAUCAUCAUCAACAUCAGCAGCAGCAGCAUCAUCAUCACCAUCAUCAACAUCACCAUCCCCACCACCAUCAGCAUCACCAUCAAAGACUAACCGGCCAUGUUCCACUAUCCCUUCAUCACCAUCACCGUUCAUCGCCGGCCCCUUCGUCCUCCUCCUCUUCGGUGACAUCCAUGAUGCUGUCAAUCCCGACUACAAGCAGCCCAUCUUCGGUGGCAGCAGCAACAGUGUCAUCCCACCAGCAACAUCAAAGACAUCAAAGAGACUCCGAAGAACGUGAAUUGAAUUUCAAUGCAUUGCCGCCGCCGCUGCCGCCAUCGCAGCAAGCGUUGCAUUCUCAACCGUCAUCAGUGACGAAUACCGGCAUCAGUUCCCAGCUUAAACUCGAACAGCCUGAUGAACUUGAGCCACUAGCGAAUCAUCAUUUCAGACAUCAUCAUCAUCAUCAUCCUCAUCAUCGACCGUCACCGGAUCCGACAUCCGGACGUGGCCACUCCACCAUUGAUGACGACAACGACGAGGACGACGAUGACGACGAAGACGACGUCGACAACGACGAUGAUGACGAGGACGGUAUCGAUGACGGUGAAGGUGGUGGUCAGCAAGGCAACGACAUGGAUCACUUGGGCUGCUUGGAUGAUGAUGCUGCCAAUGCUGCUGCUGCUCAGAUUACUGCAAGGCCGACAAUCGUAGCAAGCCGACAGUCGCCCAUCGGCGAACGAAAAGAGGUGCUGAAUUUGGGCCGGAUCAAGUCAUCGUCACCUGACAUUAGCCGCCUCUCGAAGUCGCCGUCCCCGCCUCCAUCCCAUGGUGAUGUGUACAGUGAUCGUGAUGAUGGAAGUGAUCGUGAACAAGCCAUCAGUCCAAUACCGAUGGAGCGGCCGGAACGAGUUACUCCUCUCAACCUGAUCACAGACGCCUCCCGACGUACACCUUCACCACCCCUUCAAACGCCAGGCAAUGCCCCAAGCAACAAUAAUAUCGGAGUCGCUCUGGCAGCUCUUCAGAACCAGCUUCCGCUGGGUUCUCUGUUCCUGCAGAAUCAGCUGGGACUUGGAACGCUCGGUGGUCUGUCCAGUCAGGAAUUGAACGUCCUUCAGCAGGCUCUUCAAGCUCAGCAAGCUUCGUUCCAGCAACAACUGCAAAAUUACAUGCUCCUGCAAGCUCAGGGAACUCCCGGUGGAAAUGGUAACGCAACCGCCCAAGCCACGGCUCAAGCAGCAGCACAGUUUCUCAUGCAGAAUCAGCUGAACCCUAGCUAUCCCACUCCACCUCAGUCCAUUACUAACAGUUCUUGUGUCACGACUGCUAAUACUAACAACACGCAUCCUCCCGUUAUCACAACCAGUGCUACCACUAACCUUAAACUACCGCACGAUGGAGCACGAUCGCUGCAGGUCCAACAAGCAGUGGCCCAACUGCAGGCCCUUCAGCAGAAGCAACAUCAGCUUAAAACCAGCUCCACUCCUACCCCAGCCAAUCUCUCCGGAACGUCUCCGCUGCACAGCCCAGCCGGCAGUCCUGGUCUACAUCAUCACCAUGCAACCUCCCACACCAACCUGCUCGGAUCUAGCCAAACGACCCCACCGAACAUCAAUCAGAUGAACGUCGGUGGCAUCCUAACACCCUCCACUCCCAGCUCCGGAACGCACACCCCACAGAUGCAGAAGCACCAUGCGGCCGCCCCUCGUGCCCUAGAACCGUCGCCCGAGGAAACGACCGAUCUGGAAGAGUUGGAGCAAUUUGCCAAAACUUUCAAACAGCGGCGGAUAAAGCUCGGCUUUACCCAGGGUGACGUGGGUCUGGCGAUGGGUAAACUGUACGGCAAUGAUUUCUCCCAAACGACGAUCUCCCGAUUCGAAGCGCUGAAUUUGAGCUUCAAGAACAUGUGCAAGCUGAAACCGCUACUGCAGAAGUGGCUCGAGGAUGCCGACAGUAGCAUCUCCAAUCCGGCCGGUCGCAUGUUCAGCCCGAGCACCCUGACCAACACGGCCACCACACCGGAGAUCGUGGGACGCCGGCGCAAGAAGCGCACUUCGAUCGAAACCUCCGUCCGGGUGGCCCUGGAGAAAGCCUUUCUCGUCAACAGCAAACCGACCAGCGAAGAAAUCACCAACCUAGCUGACAACCUGUGCAUGGAGAAGGAAGUGGUGCGGGUAUGGUUCUGCAACCGGCGCCAGAAGGAGAAACGGAUAAACCCCCCGAACGGUAUGGAAAGUCCCACCCACUCGUCCGGUAGCAGUGAAAUGUUCCAACUACCCACGAUGUCAUCGACGUCCUCCUCCAUAUCCGGCACCCUCGGUGCCAUGCAGAAUCCUCUCUAUCAGCCCCACCAUCCGCUGUCAGCUGCCAGCAGCAACCAGGGCAUGCCGGGAAUCAAGCAGGAAUGACUAAUAAACGGGGGCAGCGGUACAACGUUGUCCUUCGCGAGUGAUGAACCUGCUCUCGGUGGCUCCUCGCCAGCACAUCAGCAUCCGUUUCUGAUGUAAGCAGUUCCAACCGUCCCAUACCUUGAAUCCUUUCUCUGUCUCUCUCAAACCCCUAUUGUAUGUCCACAAGCACAUAUCAACCAUCAUCGAACCCUGGAGAGUUCCGGUUAACAGUCAUCUGGCAGUGCGCUUCUGAGAAGUUGCUAGCAGUACCCCCGCCCUCCCGUGAAAAAAAAAUCACAUCAAAUCUUAAUUUAUUGACUCAACUGAGCAAGGAUAUUUACAUGGAUGUGUUCUGUAAAGCAAACAAAUCAAGCGACGAGAGCGAAUAACUUUAAUUAAAUCAAUAUUAGGUGUCGUGCGUUGUAGGUCAUCGACGUCGUGUGUAAAAAGAUGUGCAUCCCUAGAGAAGCAAUCGAAGAAAAACUUUUUUAUAGGAGUUAGGAAAAGAAGACACGAGAGCCACAAUAUCAUUCCAAAAGAAGCUUUAAGCAUUAUUAUUUCUUCUAACAUUCCUGCUACACCUUCCCCCACUUGAAGAGGAGAAGUUGUUGCAUAAAGCGAAGAACUACGUCGCGUUUGUAAAUGCAUGAAGACCGACGAAUGCUCGUUUAAAAGUUUUUUUUUGUUACUACUCAAGAAGCAAAACUUUGCAAGGACCAUUGCCACUUCUUCGCUUUAUGGAACAAGAUCUGUACAUAAUUCCAAAACUGUAAAUUGAGUUAAUGUAAAACAUUAGUUGUACUUUUUGUUUCGCUCCUUUUGUCUGUCCAUGUGUUCCAACUUGACGUCGCUGGGUAUUAUGUUUGGAAAAUUCCUAACAAUCCCAACUAUGGCCUGAUAUAUUUUUGUGCAAUUCGCAUACCGGUGUUCUCAUUAAAACAUACGCUAUUCCUAUCCAAUCGGUUUAUGCCUGUAUGAAGCGUAGUUUUAGUUAAAAUUACUACUUAGUCUUAUUAGAAAGCACCAAGCAUGAAAUCCACGUUUUUCGUUUUUGUUUUUGGAAUUUUCACACACACACACACCCUUUUUCGAGUAUCAUAAAAAAUUGACACGACAAGAAACAAAUAUGUAUACUAAAAACAAACCAUGUACUAUUUAAAAUUAUAACUGAAAAGUAAACAAAGAAUACGUUUAGACAAACAAAACCAAUGUGUAGUAAAGUGUAAAAUUUCCAUCUUUUCGGACAUGUUCCUACAACAAUCUGUGGAAACUACGGUGAUCGAAAAUCACAUUCUGUAAAAAAAUGUAGUUAAAAUCUUGCAAAACAACUCUAAAACAAAAUUAAAAGUAAGGCGUAAAAAUAUAUCCAAAGAAACAGAAAACCUACAAAUAGUAAUUUUUAAGGAGAGAGCAACUGAACGUAACUAAUUUCCACUUAUCAACACCCACUCACACACACACCUAAAAUACAAAAUAACAAGAGGCUUCAAAUUUCACUCUUUUCUACAACUAACUCUGCAGUAGGAACCAAUAGUAACAAAACAAACGUUAAAAAGAGAGAGAGACGAGAGCGACGCUCUCUGCGCAGCCAUGCUCUCCCAGUCUUCCAGCCAAUAAUAAGACAGAAUAGAACAAACUCGUAAAAAAAACGAUACAAAACAGCAAGCAUAGAUAUUGUUUAUUAUUAUUAGUAAUAGCAGUAAUAGUAGUAGUAGUAGACCCUAUUAUAGUUCAGAACGGAUUAAAGUUCCUAUUCAUUGUAUGCAUUGGUCACAUCCACAGCGUGUGCGGUUAGCAAUUUUCAGCUCUCCGGAGUUCUCUCGCAGGACAUUGACGAGUUAUAGUUGAGAGGCGAAUUGUUAGAGAUAUUUUUUUUGUUAGAUUUGCUUCUUCCCAAAAUUUUCUGCAAUAACACGAAACCGAGCGCGCGGAGGAAAGAAGUCAUUUCAGUUAUUUCCCCCGGUGCGGUUGGAAUGAAAAAGAAAUUGUUUGAACAAACUGGUGGAAAUUAUGAGAAACAAUGCACGAACAAGUUGAACGUGAAGUGAACUAGUUUUUGUCUACAUAUAUAUUUUUCUAUUGUAUGGUUCGCGAUACUAUAAAUAAAUCAAUUCAAUGGUGUGUACAUAAGUGACGAAAUGGGAAAAGAACAAAAAAUCAGCUAUAAAUAAAAUCCUAGAUGAAUAUGAGUAAAUAA